AUGGCUUAUGAUUGUGAGAAACGGUUAUUGAAACAAUUUCUGGAUGGGAUUGAAACAAAUGAACUAUGCAAAAUCGUCCGAUCCAUCUACCAUGGUGGUGGAAUAUCUGCAAAUACCAGAGAAGAUGCUGAAUUGUUACUAUUGUCUCAACCUACUGUGCGGCUAUUAUCCAAUAAAAAAGUGCAAAUAACUACGUUGUUGAAGUUUUUAAUUUCAAAGGGUUUAAUACCUACUACUAAUAUGACUAAAGCAGAUUUGUGUUUAGCUUUUAAGUCAUUAAUCGAAAGUCAGCCAGAUUAUAUCAGACCGCCAGUACAACUUAUUCAAAUGUCUGGCUCUAAUAAUAUGCUUGAAGUUUCUCAGAAUAACAAUAUGAUGCAUACUCAACCAUAUCAAGCAGCUGCUGUCCAACUAAUGCCUAUGCCAACACCAAUUACUAGUGCACUAGAACCCAAUACAAAAUCUCGAAAAGAUCGUGAUAAUGAAUUACUAGAAGAAUUUAUUUCAAUAUUUGCUAAACAUUUUUAUGAUUUAUUAAAUGAUCUUGGUAAUCCAGGAAAAAAUCAACUGGACUGUCAUCAUUUUUAUGAAAAUUGUACAAUGUCAUUGAAAAUUCUUGGAGGCAAAGAUGAAAUCUAUGAGACUUGUGAAGAUUCUACAUCUACAUUGCAAUGUUUAUUAGGUAUCAAGAAAAAUCACUUACUCUUUUUUUCACCACAUUUAGGUGAUGUUAAAUGGAAAAAAGAAUCACACGGUUUAGUAAAGGUGCAUAUUGGCGGUACACUUCAUCAAGGUGUUGGAAGAAUUGUUGGAAUGUUUGAACAGCAAUUCAUACUUAGAGAAGAUCCUCAAGCAGAAAACACAUGGAAAAUUCUUAACACAAAUUUUAUGAUGAAAAGUAUGGACUUAAUAACAACUGGAACUACUUUAUGA